AUGUCCACCUUCUUCCCAACAGCCGAAUACGCCGAAGACCAACCCCUAGCCCGCACCAUCCUAACAACCCACGUCCUCAUCCGCGGCUUCCAACUCGGCAGCGCAAUCGGCCUCCUGAACAGCGGCGCCGCAUACCUCAUAAACCGCCGCUCCCUCACAGCACCCAUCCUCCUCCGCUCAGCGGGUACCGGCGCCAUCAUCGGCACAGGCAUAGCCGGUGUUGCCCUGGUUGCGCGGAUGUGGGGUCGCGACGAGAUCGAGUGGAAAGAUCGCAGUUGGCGGCUACGGUAUAAUUCUGGUCAGGUUGCUGUUGAUAAUUGGGGGGAGCCUGGGGCGGUGCUUGGAGCCGUUGUUGUUGUGUCGAGUGGGUUGGCUAGGCCCGCGGCUGGAAAUUUGAGGGGGGUUCUGGGGGGUGCCGGGGUUGGGUCUUUGGUUGGGAUUGUUGGGUGUAUGUGUUUGAAAAGUGUUUUGCCGGGAAAGGAUGGGAAACAUGUUGAUGGAAAGUUGUGA